AUGAGUGAUUUUGUGGGAUUUCAUUGCAGUGUGAUUCCGAAGAACUACCAACACAUCCUGGCCUUUGCUUUUGCCAUCCGCCAGAUCAACCAGAAUGCUCAACUGUUACCCAAUAUCACUUUGGGUUACAAAAUUUAUGACAAUUCUUUUAAUCCCUGGAGAACCUGCUGGACCACCCUGGAUCUUCUCUUCAUGAGCGAAGGGCAUCCCCCCAAUUACAUCUGUGGCAAGAAGGAGAAAGUGGUGGCUGCCAUUGGUGGGCUCACUUCCGAAAACUCCAUGCAGAUGGCCAAAAUUUUCAGUAUCUACAAUAUACCACAGUUCAACAACAGUGCUGGGGAAGAAAUCAUCUUUGAUGAGAAUGGACAACUGGCUGCAGGAUACGAUAUCAUGAAUUUUGUCACAUUUCCCAACGAAUCUUACAGCGAAAUCCAAGUUGGAAGGAUGGAUCCUUGGGCUUCUUUAGAUGCAGACUUGUGUGAACCAUGUCCAGAAGAAUGGUAUCCAAACAAGAAUCAAGACAGUUGCAUUCCCAAAGCCCUAAGCUACCUCUCUUAUGAGGAACCCUUGGGCUCAGUACUGACUUGCUUAGCCCUAUUCCUUUCCAUGAUCACUGUGGUGAUGAUGGGGACUUUCGUUCAGUACCGCCACACUCCCAUGGUCAAAGCCAACAACUGGAGCAUCACCUGCACCCUCCUCUCCUCUCUCCUCCUCUGCUUCCUCUGUUCCUUCUUCUUCAUUGGACAGCCUGGAACUCUCACCUGCCUUCUGAGACAAAUGGUGUUUGGCAUUGUCUUCUGUGUAUCUGUUGCUUGUGUCUUAGCCAAAACCCUCACUGUCAUUGUGGCCUUCAUGGCUACAAGGCCUGGACAUGGGAUGAGAAGAUGGGUUGGGAAGCGGCUGGCAGGGUCAGUCAUCAUGGUGUCUUCUCUUAUCCAAGCUGGCAUCUGUGUGGUCUGGUUGAUUAUCUCUCCCCCCUUCCCUGAGUUCGACAAGCACUCCCAGCCUGACACAAUCUUAGUUCAAUGUAACGAAGGUUCAGAUCUCAUGUUCUACUUUCUCCUGGGCUACCUGGGGUUGUUGGCCAUCCUUAGUUUCUUGGUAGCUUUCUUUGCCCGGAAUUUGCCUGAUGCUUUUAAUGAAGCCAAAUUGAUCACCUUUAGCAUGCUGGUCUUUUGCAGUGUUUGGGUGUCCUUUAUGCCAACCUACCUGAGCACCAAAGGGAAAUAUAUGAAAUAG